AACCAAUUCCCAAUAACGCGGUAGCCCAAAAGAAUAGUUUUGAGAAAAUCAAAGAAUUAAAGACGGAAUUAUCAGAAUUAGAAAAAAUGAUUACAAUAAUAACUAAUUUUCAGCACCAUAAUGACCUUAGAUCUCAGAUAAUUGAGAGAAGAGUCCCAAUUUAUAGAAAACCUGUAUCUGUUAAGUACAUCGAUAAAGAAAGCAAUUCGUGUGAUGAAAUUGAAUUUACAAUACCAGAAAAAACAAAUACACCAAGUUUAAAAGAGGAUAAUUCAUCUGUGCCUUGGUUAUGGAUCGAGUCUUACUAUCAAAUUUGUGAAAAUAAUGGUUUUUUAUCUCUGGUGAUUAAAAGACGAGAUGGCCAUUAUCUUAAUGCUAUGCACACACUUCAAUACUUCAAUAAUCUAAAAAUUCCUGCAUAUGAUACGCAUCUUCUCUUUCUUUUCUCUGAUGAUCACUCAUGA